CAUUGGUGCUGAGGAAAUGAGGAAGAUUCAAGUUUCAAUGUGUCGUCUAGUGUUAAUGAAACAAGGAACAAACAGCGUGGGACUGGGUGAAUACAUGUCAAACCUUCGUUAACACCGAAUUGGCACAAUGCAUUUGGUUUCGUGAAGGAAGCUCAAAUUUAGCAACCAUUCAAGUUUAAUUAACGAUGCUCGAUCGGUUCAAUAAACUCUUGAGCAUGAAACAGUUACAGAGCAACGCAACGUACGCAUGCGCGCGCGUGUGUUUCCUCUUAUAUAAAUCCGUCCAUACAGGAAUUCAAACAUCACCUCCAAAGAAAAACAAGUUAAUGGUUCAUUGCCAUCAUAAAAUCCUCCGAGCCAAGAAGCUUACAAAAGUACGCUGUGUCCGCUGUUCAUCUUUAAUGAUGUCAGGUUUUCAAUCAAGGCUAUUCAGGACAAUGAUGAUAUGGGGCUGGCCUGCCUACCAGUGUGGCAGUUUCGGAUCACGUUCAAGUUAACGCUGUUAGGAUUGAAGAUCUAGAGGUACAGGUUACUAAAUUAUUUCGGCACUUUGUUAUUUGUGAUUGUACAGAGGUUAGAUGAGUUUUCAAGAUUGGUUAUAUGGAAUGUGAGAAUCGAAGCUGGGAGCCCCUAGGUUAGAAGACUUGAUGGAAAUCUCGAUGCAGAAAACUAUACUUGGAUUAGACACAUGUGGUCGCAGUGGAUACUAUCACAAGCGAGAUAGAUUAAAGAUAAUGUACAUGGAUCAAUGCAGAGGCUGACGUAUAAGUUUCAUUAGAAAAAUUAAGGCACCGAUUGAUGAGAAUCUUUGAGGGCUUGGAAUCCAGGAAAGUUAGAUUGUGCAAUGACAUAGUGCGAGCUUUGUCUGCGAAAGGAAUGAGUUGUUGCAUGAUACGUGCAAGAAACACAAUGCUUCUGUUGAGUCACUUUGAGUAUUCAGGAAAUGGUGAAGCUGACAAUAGUAGGAAGGGUUAGUGAUGGAUUACCUCUAGCUCAAGGUCUGAGAUAUGUGAAUGAAGAAAAUGGGUAUCUUUCUUUUUACCAGAAACAAGCACAACUCAUCCUCCAAGAAAUUUCAAGAGGAGCAUUGACGGCCUCCAAGAUGACCAUUCCUAUUGAUCAUCACAGUUUCAACUACUUGAUCGAGAACGGAGUUGUUUUCAUUGUGUUGUGUGACUCCUCGUACCCAAGAAAACUGGCUUUCCAUUAUCUUCAAGAUUUACAAAAGGAGUUUGAGAAGUUUGAUAAAACCCUCACAGACAAAAUCACAAGGCCAUACAGCUUUGUCAAAUUUGAUGGUAUAAUUGCAAAUAUUAGAAGACAAUACAUUGAUACAAGAACUCAGGUCAACCUUUCAAAACUUAAUGCUAAUCGGAAACAAGACAUAGAUGUUGUUACUGAAGUUAUGUCCAAUAUUUUAAGAAGGAGAGGUCCAGAAACAGUGGGAAGAUUGCCUUCAACUCCUCCACCAGCAUCCCCUAUAUGGGGUUCUCCUCAACUUGAGUUUCGUUCUUUUGGUAUACAGGUCAUUGCACUGAAAUGGACUCCUAUUAUGAUCAUUGUUGUUGCUUCCAUGGUUUUAUUAUGGGCUAGCUUGGUCCUCACAGACUACGUUAUGAUUUCAAGCUGAUAUUACUAAGUCUGAGAUCAAGAUUAAUGAGAAGGGUCUAAUAUGAUUCAACUAGUAUUCGAAGGACUCGAGGGUUACAUUGUGCGUCCCUGAUCAAAACAUAAUACAAAUUUGGUGUUGGAACUUGGAAAGGCAUAGAUUCCUUCACGUGUGGGAAAAAGAGAGAGUUGAAAGAGAGAAAAUUUAAAUAACUAUGACAUAUGUCAUUGAGUUUGUACUGUUGUUUCGCUGGAAAGUGAUAUCUUCUAUCUUAUACUAUAUAAACUAUUCGGGAUGGGUGCAUGUGUGUAAAUGUACUGGGUUUACUGUUUGCGAUUUGAUGUUGUGAACCACAGAUGAGAAGAAAUCAGAAAAUCUGCCCCAGUUGGAAUAUAAAAUUGUGCUUGGUUCUUUUCUUGAUGA